UCACUGCAUACUGUCUCCCCUCUCACCCAGACCUGCACUGUGCCAGCGAGCCCCUCCCCUCCCCUCCUCCAAUCUCGCCGCCAAUUAAUACCCACCCCCUCCCUUGCAUCCGCUCCUCCCCCCUCCUCUCCUCCCCAAGCUCAUCGCCGACGCAUGCCGCCGUUGCCGUGAGCGAGCGAUCUGUCCGGCGAUCUUGGAGUCGGAGGUGCCGCGGGCUGGCUGUCCUGUCCGGCCGGCCGGGGGCUAGCAAGCUCUCGAGCGAGGAGAACCAAGGCGUGAGGGCGGGAGCCAGCCAAGUGAAGUGAAGCGAAGCGAAGCGAGAUGGACCUGAUUCCGCACCCGGACAGCCCGCACUCCGACAACAGCGGCGGCGUCGGCGGCGGUGGCGGUGGCGGCGGCGUGGGAUCGGUGUCCGGGGCGCUGUCGCCGGCGGGGGCGUCGUCCGCGGGCGCGGUGUCGGCGCUGGCGUCGCCGAGCCGGUACGAGUCGCAGAAGCGCAGGGACUGGAACACGUUCGGGCAGUACCUGCGGAACCACCGCCCGCCGCUGUCCCUGGCGCGCUGCAGCGGCGCGCACGUGCUCGAGUUCCUGCGCUACCUCGACCAGUUCGGCAAGACCAAGGUGCACACCCCGGCCUGCCCCUUCUUCGGCCACCCGGCGCCGCCGGCGCCCUGCCCGUGCCCGCUCCGCCAGGCGUGGGGCAGCCUGGACGCGCUCGUGGGCAGGCUGCGCGCCGCCUACGAGGAGAACGGGGGGCGGCCCGAGAACAACCCCUUCGGCGCGCGCGCCGUCAGGCUCUACCUCCGCGAGGUGCGCGACCAUCAGUCCCGCGCCCGGGGCGUCAGCUACGAGAAGAAGAAGCGCAAGAAGGCCCCGGCGCACCCCGUCCCCGCCGCCGUCAUCUCCUCCUCCUCCUCCCACGACGGCAACGGACACCACCACUACGAGCACCACCAGAUGCCGCCGCCACCACCGCCCGGCGCAGCGGCUUGACUGAUGGCCGGCCGGAGCUCCCGGCCCCAUGUAUGCUCUACUACCACAUGCACUACUACUACUACUAGUCGAUCAUCUUCUUGGUCGGUCGGUCUCUCUAGCUAGCUGAAGCUCCUGCUGUCAUCGACAGCUAUCUGUGGAGUAUCGCCUCUCUAUCUAGUUCUUGGCUUCUCUUGCUACUAUUAUAUAUCUAUCGAUCUGUAGCUAUAGUUUAUAUUAGCUGCCACUACUGCUAGUACAACUGCUGCUGCUGCUGCUGCUACAAAUUUCUCCUUAUUAGCCCGUGCGUUGCUCUUUCGUAUGCUUUGCUGCUGGUAUUGCUACUGGAACUACUACUGCAUGCCUCCUAAUUAGGUCAGUUCUCGAUCUGAUCAUUUCCCAGCUUAAUUGGUGACUCUACUAUUUGCUGCUACUGGUAAUGGCUCCAGCUGCAGUUGUGAACUACUUGCUGUGAUGAUAUGCUUGCUCCUUGCUUAAUUAACUUGGGAUUUUAA